GAUGAGCGAUGGCAAUAGAAAACAAACCUGGGGUGGAAUUUGACACAGUUUUCAGUCGAAAUGACUCUUUAGAGCUCUCUUCGCACCACGAUUAUGAAAAUGUACAAGCUCGCAUUUUUAAGAUAAUAGUGAUAGGAGAUUCAAAUGUGGGAAAGACGUGUUUGACUUACAGAUUCUGCGGGGGCACUUUCCUGAAAAACCCAGAGGCAACGAUCGGAGUCGAUUUCAGAGAGAGGACGCUGGAGCUCGAUGGGGAAUGUAUCAAGUUGCAGAUCUGGGACACGGCAGGUCAGGAGCGCUUCAGGAAGAGCAUGGUGGAGCAUUACUACCGCAGCGUCCACGCCGUCAUAUUUGUUUACGACGUGACCAGCCUCCCUUCCUUCGAGAGCAUCCCUGAGUGGAUCGAGGAGUGCAGCCGACACUCUGUGGGGCCCCUGGUGCCCCGCAUCAUGGUAGGAAACAAGUGUGAUCUGAGGGACCGCCGGGAGGUCCCUGCGUCGACUGCCCAGUGUCUUGCUGACAGCUACAACUUCCCAUUGUUUGAGACUUCAGCCAAAGACCCUGCUGAGAAGGAACAUGUUGAUGCUAUCUUUCUGACUAUAGCUUAUAGACUGAAGAGCCACAAACCUCUGAGACUGAAGCAGCUGAGUGAGAGCAGUUCAAGGCAUUUGUGGAACCAGAGAGAACAGGAGGCAGCAGCUUGUCAAUGCUGAGGUCACCUCCAUCCUGUAUUGAGAACAUGAACGAAGCCUUCAGAGAGAAUAAUGGUGCUGAGGAAAGCAGCGUUGAACCGGGCUUCCAAACAGAGACUGAAUUCAGAAAGGCCUCUUAAUAAGAUAGAAAGGACAGAAGCUUACUAUAAUUUUACACUUUCCCCUACCUACUGCAAGGCACAGGUAGUGACAGUAUGGGUAAUAGUGUAUGUAUACGUUUGCACAAAAUUAAAGCAACAUUUCAAUGAAAUGCAUGAAUGGAUAUGGAGUUAUAACAAGUAUUUGUAGCUCAAACUGCACAUAAAAACACUUUGAGUAUGAAAACAGCAUUGCAGAGUGCAAUUUAGUACGUAGACAAAUUAUAUGCAAUCAGACGUCUAACAGCACUAUACCUUAUCUACAGAAUUCAACACAGACAGUAAAUUAAGGGAAAAACAGAUUUCAAUGGGCAUAAAGGGACCAAUAAGGUAAAUUAACUGUGAAGAGAACUGUGCAAUUAUUUACUUGAACAAAUGUUUAGAGUGAUAUUGCAACAUAUGUUUUGAUUUUGUUAUUGAAUGUGUAUUUCUCAAUACAAGCAUAUUAAGCUUUGUGUCAGCCCAUCCACCAUUACAGUUUUUGUUGAGAGCUCAGUCAAAACAAGAACACUAAUGACAAAAUGUAGCUGUCUUUUGGGACAAAAUGCAAAUCCACAUAGUUCACUUGAAAUGCAUGAGUGAACACAAGCUCAGCGGUUCUUGAAAUUCAUGUUAUACCGUAUUUAUGGUGUGAUGAAAAGAUCACAUCUGACUGACUUUUGUUGCAUGUGUGCAAUAACGCAAACACUUUCCAACUGUAUGGAGAUUGGUGACAAUGUAACGCUGCAAAUCAA